CGGAAUGCCAGAAACAUGUCCAUUAAUUAAUUCUCUCAUUCUCUCAUUCUUAUUCAUUCAUCAUCCAAGUCCUUCUCACCAUGGAAAGCGAAUUCGAUACAUCUCAGGAGCAGCAGCAACAGCAGAAGCCACCCUUCUAUGUCCAGUAUAAUCAGAUAGGCCCUCCACUACGUGCAAUGGAGUGUGCUACAGAAGCUCGAUUUAUCGAAUCACUCUUCCUUAUCGCAGAUGACGCGCGCGAUACCUAUCAGACGCACAUAGUCCGUGGUAUUCCCAACUUUCCGAGCUUCUAUUCGUUGAUUCGUUUUGUGAAUCUUAAAAUAGACCUAUAUAACGAGAGUAAUACCCAGAGCAGCAACAGGAACAGCGAUAACAGCAGCAAUAGUGGUAGCAUUAGUACAUGUGCCUUGCCUACUACUCUUACUAAAGACAACAAGGUUAUGAACCAGUAUGGACGGUCUCGUUCACCUUGGAUACAGCUCAUCAAUCAACCCUACAGAAUCCUUACCACGAUCACAGCGAUUGGCAAGACCAGUUUAAGAUCACAACAUCAGUUCAUUACAGUUCCUCAGAGUCAGGUGAAGCGAGACUUCAAUGAUCGAGAACAGGAUAAAAUGUAUGAACGUUUGGAACCAGGGGAUGAACCUCCACGGCAAUUUGCAAGUGUAGAUGGUGGACAAGUCUUUGUUAAAUUUGAAACGAAUGAACAGGGACAAGGUUUUUUCCGGCCUGAUCCUUGUCCGUUUAAACCAUAUCCGGUCAUAGGCCCCAAGCUUGCUCAAAUGAUUUUGGAAAAGGGGCCCGAAGAAGUAAAAGAACGACCCAAGAAUGCAUUUAAAAUCAAACUUCGUUUGCGUGAGUCGGAUGAGGAUGAGCUCGGUCAUGUCACAAACUCGCGUUACGCUGGAUUGCUAUAUGAUGUUUUGUUUUAUGGUAUUCAACAAGGAUAUUACGCUAACGGCUCUGGACCCUUCACCACACCUGAGCCACUUGUUAAAGAUGCAACAACAACAACAACAACAACAAUGCUCACUACUACUACUACUACUAACACAGAAUCAAGAUCAGGAUUAAGAACAGAAUCAACAAAUAUUGCUGUUCCAGCUGGUGCUAGAUUCUACAAGGAUGCGAACGUUCAUGAGGUAUUUGUCGGCUAUCAGCAUGAACUCAAAGUCAGAGAUGGAGUGUAUGCCUGGAGUUGGGUCGAGCGGGAAAAGAUCCAUAAUGGUUUAGACGUCAUCCAGAUACAAGUUUGUUCCAGUAACGAUGGGAGUGAAAAAAUUAUCUCGCUAUGGAGAGCCAUUAUUGGAGAGACCUCCCGCCCUUCCAAAGCAUCUCUUUAGAAAAAGCUUAAAAAAUAAUAAUAAAAGUGGAUUCUGAAGUACAAAAG